AAAAUUAAUAACCCCAAUUAAACCCCAACAAAGCCCCUCUUUGCCUCUACUAGUAAGCCUCAACAAACAUGGCAACUAUCACCGCCAGGUCCCUCCUCCGCUCCGCCACUACUUCUAGCCGAACAGCCGCCAUUAGAAUUUCCGGCUCCUCCAUGCCUAAGACCUCUCCCUCCCCCUUUCGUAUGCCUUCAAAGAAACCACUCACCGCUCGCAUUUUCAGGUCACCUGUUGAAAUGAGCUGUGUAAGAGUUGAAACGAUGUUUCCUCAUUACACUGCUACGGCCUCUGCGUUGCUGAAUUCCAUGUUAUCUGCCACUCCUCGAAGCUAUGGUUGGAGUGAAGAUUUGUGAAUCAUGCAGCUGAUAUUGAUUGUUGAUGAGUUAAAUUCCAUAAUAAUCCUCAGGAAAACUGAAUCAGAUAUUAUGUCUGACCUAAAGUUGCGUAGCAUAUAUUUGAGUUCCAAUUGUAGUUGUUAAGAUGUAUCCGACAUUCUAGUACUAGGUAUUUAAUCAGAUUGCUACGAUGAUGUUUGAUGAAUGUCAAAGAGUUCAAGUGAAGUUUAUGUCCAAGCAGUCUAUGAGAAUAAUAGUUGACUCUUGAGUACUCAAUGAAAACAUGGGACUCUUUCCCUUUCUGUGAA